CGAGGUGAAUUCAGAGGUCUAGGUCAAACGUCCUCAGGCAACGGUGUUGUUCCUAAUAUCUGUGCUGGCUCCUCCCAUCACUUCACCACGCCCGAUUUCAACCCACACGACGCCACUAUUCCGCUCCCACCUGCAAAUCACAACCUUGAUCCGGGCAUAGCUAUCCUUAUUCACAGCUGCGGAAAGCCGACAAUCCCCUAUCCAAGCCUCCAGCCACCUCGGUCAACAUGUGCCGAUACAGAGCCCUCAUCUGGUCCUGCGGCCACUCGCGCACUUUCCGUCUCUCCACCUGCAGAGGCACGAAGCAGACCUGGCGCCGAUUCGGCCACGAACUUCGACGCCGAGUUGACUGCCGCGAGGAGGCGGCCGAAAUCAGCCUCCGCCUGUCAAAGCCUUGCAAAGACUGCCGCCGAGCCGAGCUCCUCGCCGACAUCGAGGCCCAGUGGGCGCAAAGUAGGCUCUUCGCCGACGAGCUCUACCUCAGAUGCAUGGAAGCGGAUGCCCUUAACGUGGUUGACGACGCUGACAUGGACUGGUUCAAAUUGUGUGGCAGUGAAAGGGAAAAGUACCGACACCGCUGCGUCCGCGUCCGAAAUUGGAUCACUGCCCGUGAGCAUCGUUUGCCUGGCCUGAGGUCCUCCCCUGCCUGGACGAAGUGUGCAAUAGCAUCGCCACUCGCGCGUGAUUUGGAGGGAAAUCCGGCGUGGGACGAGAAGAUUCCGAUUAAAAGGCGUGUGCGGGCGCAUCUGGUGGAAUAGGGUAGGGUGCUUCGUGGACUAGAAAGGGUGGGAAUUUCCGUGCUGUGGGUGGUGCAAUUUGGCGUGUUGUUUGGAAAGGGAAGGUCGAGACUUUGAUUCAAGACGUACUCGCGGUGUAGAUUGGUUGGGCAUUACUAUCGGAGGGCGUAAGAGUAAAAUUUGGUAGAGGUUUGGCGCUUUGUGGAGUACGACAAGACAUCGACGGCUAUAUUAUUAAAAGGUUCACGUCGGGCGCUUGAUAUUGAGCCUGCGUUGUAUUACAUUCAUAGAUCCCUUA